AUGUAUUGUUAGUUUUAUUUAAAAAAUGGAAGAACGUUUAAUUAAUUUUGUGAGGGAAAACAAGUUUUUAUAUGACAAAAGACACCACUCCUACAAAAACAACUGGCUUCGUGAAAAAAAAUUUCGAGAGUGUGCAGCUGAAUUGAAUCUACCUCCAAAAACAUUAAAACAACGUUGGCGAACAUUAAGGGAUAAAUAUAUGAGGGAUAAGAAGGCGAGAAUGAAGACAUUUGGGUCGGUUGCCUCAUCACAGAAGAAAUGGAAGUACGAGGACAGCCUAUCUUUUUUGGAUGAUGUAGGCAGCGCGAAUUUAAACACAUCUGGAAACUAUGAAGAUGAAUCUACUUCCAUUAGCUUCGAAGGAAUCCAUGAAAGUACUUCUGCAAUUUGUGAUGAUGAACUAAUGGACUCCAAUAAAAACACUGCAUCCAUUAACGAGAAACGGAGCCCGGCAAGAACGAGGCUUAAAGAAAAUUUGGCUUCUCGUCUAGAAGCAGCGGAAGUAGAUUUCAUAGAUCUAACGGACCCAUUAAGAACUGAAUUAGAAGAGCCAAAACAACCAAAAACAACCACUCACAUGUAUUUUGAUAUGAUGGCACAACAGGUGGAGGAGUUGAAUUUAUCUACCAUUCAGUUUUCUAUGUUGCAAGUUUAUUUUCAAGUUGCAUUGCAAGACUUUGUAACCAAAAACUUAAAUAAUAACGAAAACAAUUAAAUUAAUUU